GGCUUUGUUGUUUGAGCCACCGCCGUCGAUUGUCAUCUUUUGAUAUUUUCACAUCCAUCACUUGCACUUGCUUCCUUUCUUCUACACCACAUUUUUCGUCUCUUCCAGUCCCUUCAUUUCCAGUAAAGACGCGUUGUGCCUUGACCGGAAACCCAAACGAUCAGGCUUGGGCAUUAUCGAUAAGAGGCUUAGCGGGGCACAAGAUUGGCCCUGAUCCCAACCCUACGAAAUUUCCUUCUCUUCACCUCCACCAUCCCCGAAUCCCUUCCCCUGACGCCAUAUUAAGACAUCAUGGUCUCUGCGUCUAAAGCCGCCCGUCAGGCAAAGCGCGCCGCCGAUGGCGACGCCAAGCCCAAGAAGUCGGCCACUUCCAAGUUGUCGUCCAAGGCCAACUCCAAGAAUGCCUCCAAGGCCAACUCUGAGAAUGGCGACAACCCCGAGGAUCUUGAGCUGAACGAAGAAGUCCAGAAGCUCACCCUCCAACAAGACAAGCACGGUCUGUCUGACCGUGUAACCACUGGUGUGCUUGCCUCGCUCGAGCAGUCGCGCGAUGUCAAGAUCAUCUCUGCGUCGCUCGUGUUCCACGGCAAGGUUCUUUUCAACGACUCCACCAUCGAGAUCAACUAUGGUCGCCGAUACGGUCUGUUGGGUGAGAACGGUUGCGGAAAGACGACGCUGCUCAAGGCCAUCGACAAGCGCGAGUUCCCCUUCCCAGAGCACAUCGACAUCUACCUGCUGAACCAGGGUGCCCCCAAGACUGAGUUGGGUGCUUUGGACUGGGUCGUCCGUGAGGCUGAGAAUGAGCUGGCUCGUCUUGAGAAGAUGGCUGAGGACAUUCUUGAAAAGGACGGCCCUGAGAGCCCUCUCCUAGAUGAUAUCUACGAGCGUCAAGAAGAUAUGGACCCAUCAACCUUCCACACUCGCGCUUCCCUCAUUCUUACUGGUCUUGGUUUCAACAAGGUCACCAUCAACAAGAAGACAAAGGACAUGUCCGGUGGUUGGCGUAUGCGUGUUGCGCUUGCCAAGGCUCUUUUCGUCAAGCCUGCUCUGCUAUUGCUCGACGACCCUACCGCCCAUUUGGAUCUCGAGGCCUGUGUGUGGCUUGAAGAGUACAUGAAGAAGUGGGAGCGCACCCUGGUUCUCGUUUCUCACUCCAUGGACUUCUUGAACGGUGUCUGCACAAACAUGAUUGAUAUGCGUCAAAAGAAACUCCUCUACUACGGAGGUAACUACGACGCUUACCACAAGACCCGUUCCGAGCAGGAGGUCAACCAGACCAAGGCCUACGAGAAGCAGCAAGACGAAAUCAAGCACAUCAAGAAGUUCAUUGCUUCAGCCGGUACCUACGCCAACUUGGUCAGGCAAGCCAAGUCUCGCCAGAAGAUUCUGGACAAGAUGGAGGCCGACGGUCUCAUCGAACCCGUUGCUGUUGACAAAGUCUUUACUUUCCGCUUCGCCGACGUUGAGAAGUUACCGCCACCUGUGCUUUCGCUUGAUGAUGUCACUUUCUCCUACUCUGGAGAUCCAAAAGACAACCUGUACGAAAACCUCGACUUCGGUGUCGACAUGGACUCGCGAACAGCUCUUGUCGGACCCAACGGUGUUGGAAAGUCAACGCUGCUCAACAUCUUCACCGGAAAGCUCAGCCCUACAUCUGGUGUUGUAUCGCGCCAUACUCACUUGAAGCUCGGUGUUUACAGCCAGCACUCUGCUGAACAGCUCGACCUUACCAAGUCUGCCCUUGACUUUGUCCGCGACAAGUUUCACCACAUCAGCCAGGACAUGCAGUACUGGCGUCAACAGCUCGGCCGCUACGGUAUGACUGGUGAGGCACAGACGUCCAAGAUGGCUACUCUGUCCGAUGGUCAAAAGUCCCGUAUCGUCUUCGCUCUGCUCGCUAUCGAGGGCCCCAACAUGUUGCUUCUUGAUGAACCUACCAACGGUCUGGAUAUCCCUACUAUUGACAGUUUGGCUGAUGCCAUCAACGCCUUCAGCGGUGGUGUUGUUGUUGUUUCUCACGACUUCAGAUUGCUCGACAAGAUUGCCAAGGAUAUCAUGGUUUGCGAACACAAGACUGUCCGUCGGUGGGAUGGUACCAUUGGCGAGUACAAGAAUCACCUCCGCAAGAAGAUGGCUUCAACUGGUGCUCUCUAAAUGGAUAAUUUGGAAUGGGUUUAGAAAAUGCAUGCGUCCUUUGAGCAGCGGGGCGCGGGUACAUAGCUAAAAGUAAUGGCCUUAGAGCAGGUUUGAGAUACCUCUGCAGUAGGCCGGCAGCUCAUCGCUACCUGCGUCAGUGUCUCUGUACGAGCAGAGACAUCUGGAUUAUGCGUUAUGAUGCAUUGGGUUUUAGAGGAGUUUUAGAGUUGCCUUGCAAUGAAAUUAUAUCGCAUAUAAGUCUUGGUC